ACCCAGCUGGUGACAUGGCAACCCACAUCACAAAGGGGACAACCCCAAGUUCUCGGCAGAACAAGGCUGGGUGCCACUUUGCCUGUGAGCUGACUGGAGAGAGGAGUUUGACCACUUGGCUCUCUCUGCGUGUCGCAGACAUGGCUGAUUUCUGGAGAAUUAGCUUCUUCCUGAGUUUGGAAGAGGAUGAUAUCUUCUACCCCAUCCUCAGGAUCAUGCUGAUCAUUUCAUUAUUUGUAUUCAUUAUGACCCUGGGGAAGUGGCAGGGUCGGAGGACAAGGAGGUACAACUGCAGAGACAAUGCAGAGAAUCACAGAGGUGAGCAGCAUGGGCAAAGGCAGGUGCCCUGCAAAGACACCCCCUGGCCCUACGUGUCCAUGGCUCCAUCAGGAAGGAUCUCUCCAUCUGUUCACUCUCUGUCUCUUCUACCAACAGCUGCAGACCUCCACAGUGCUUCACAGUGCUCAAGGACAGACUGUUCCCUGAUAUCGGAGAGGGAAAAUACACGUGAAAGACUCUGGAAUCUGGAAAGGAGACUUAAGGAAUUAAACAGUUACUUGGAAAUGUCAGUGAUGGAGGUGUUAGAGGACACCAAUGAGCCACUCACUUCUGAUAAAGCAGUGGAAACCAGAUCGUCACCGGAGAUGUCUCUGUCCUCUCGGAGUGACAGCUCCCUCACUUCCAUCGAGACAGCGGAAGAGUGGCACUCUUUCAACAAGGCACUGGGAGCCCACAGCCCCUCAAAGGCCUCCCUGUCCUCUAGGAGCGAUAAAUCCCUCACUCCCGUCGAGGCAGUGGGAGCUGGGUGCUCUUCAGGGGCCUCUCUGUCCUCCUGGAGCGACAGCUCCCUUGCUGCCAUUGUGGCAACAGAACCUGACUGCUCUUUGAUGGCCCCUCUGCCCCCUUCCAGGAAAAGCUCCUGCACUUCUGCCAAAGCAGAUGAAAGCAGCUGCAUUUCACAGCUGACCCUCAGCACUCCUCUGCACGGAGCAGAUUUGGGUCAUGCUGCCAUGGCCCAGCCUGACCUCAUGCUUUCUGAUGCUCUUGAGCCUCAGGAAGUCCAGGAGACCUUGGACUGUGUUGUCCCAGAAGGGAAACCAGAGGAGGAAACGGGCCUGGCAAUACAUGGAGAAGGGACUUUGCAGGAAAAGUCUGCUCCUCAGAUGCCUCAGCAACCAUCAGAGCCCCAUGUGGAGGUGGAGCCCAGGGUGUGUAAGCCGCUCUUCCUGGAUGAGGCUGUGAAAAGCCAGCUGGAGCGGCACAUGAUAAAAAUACAGAUACAGCGAUGCUUUGGGCUACCAGAGAGGGUUCUGGCCUCCUACAAGAAGUUCUCAGAGACCAUCCAGGAGCUACAAGACUGCCAUCCUUCUCCACAGAGGCACACUGCACUGCCCUACCACUCGCCUUUCCAUCACUGGGACAGGCACGUUCGCACCAGGAGGAGAGCAGUGCGGCCCCGUGAGCCACAGCAAGAGUCUACAGCCCGUGUGAAAACAAGCACACGAGGAACACAGACAUCUGUCCACUCUGUGCCAGCAGCUUUUGUGAUAGUGGCAGAAGAGGUGCCUCGUGAAGAUCUGGAGGGACCCCAGCUGAAGAGGAUACGUAGGGGUACAGCUAGAAGCAGCAGCUCAGCCAGAAAGAAGACCCAGCCUGGCAGCUGCACAAAGGAGCCGGGCCCUGUGACACAAGGGGGUGAUCCCGGUCCCUCCUUUUCCAUCCAGGAAGAGCAGACAGUGCCACAGAGCAAGGGAGCUCCUCAGGAGAAGGGAGGGCAGGACAAUGAGAACGCCACCGUGCCCAGCGGGGGAAGCACGGGGAUCCAGGAGCUGUCACAAGGCAGGACAGCUCCUUCAGGAAAUAAGUCCCCACAAAUUGAAGAGCCUUUGAGUAAGGACACUCCCAUAACUGUGUCACCACCUCCAAACCCUGCAGAGACCAGCCGGGAAGAAACACCCAGCCUGGAAGACACGUUCAGAGCACUCAUAAACUUCUACAGGGUCAGCACGAUGAUUGAAAACCAGCAGAACCAGCUGCUGGCUUCCUGGCUGGAGCAGUCCCAGGACAACGUGGAGAACUCAAGGUCAGAGCCAGCAGCAGAGAGUCCCGUUCCCACACUGUGCGGAGCACAGGACAAAAUGCAGAAGGAUAAGGGACUCAGGCAGGAUGGAGUAAGGUCCAGGAAGUUCUGCCCCAAGUGCGGCAAAGCAGCCAGGGCGCCUGGGAGUGAAGGCAGCUGGACUUCAGCUCCAGUUGCAACUGCAGCACCAGGCACAGGAGGAGACGAGGCAGUGGGAAAGAAGCCUCUAUCUGGAGAAGGGGCCAAAAGGGAGCAAGGCCAGAAUCAAACUGCUGAUGCUGCCCAGCAGCCAGAGGGGGCCCGUGUCUUCCACUACGUGGUAUCGAUCACAGCAGUCAAGCACAGGACCCCGCUGUCACAAACACAGUGGCUGCCCAAGUGUGAAUCAGCCACAGACUGGAGCCCAACACCAGAGAAACCAGCUUUGCCAUGCUGCUGCUAUGGUUGUUUCACUUCCGUCAUCUUCUGCCUGCAGAGGGCAUGGGCCAAGCUCCUAAGUGCAGGGAAAGCCCUCUUUUCCAAGAUAAGGAAGAAGUGAAGUGAGGAGCCCCAAGAAAGAGGACCAACCACGGACAGCCCAGUCUCACCUUGGGAUAAGACUCCUGGGGAAAGGCUGCAACCAUCUCAGGAGGCAAUAGGGAAGAACUUCAUGGCACUUGGGGCUGAGACCUUCUUAACGGGAGCUACAGGUGACAUCAAGACUUGGUGCCAGGCAAGCGUGGAGACAGCAAAGGACUGAAUUACAGUGGGAGGAGUCCUAGGCACCUGGGGAUGCCCGCUCCUGCUGAUCAUGGUGAGUCAGUCCAUGUGCUGCUGCUACUUGGAAGUUCAAAGAGCAGCUACACCCUGUUUGACUCAGACCCAGCCCCAACCCAGUGUGACUUUCCUCUUCCCUUUGCUCAUUUCCAAGGGUAGCACCAGCCUUUGAGGGACAUGGACCCGACAAGCAGCAGAUCCCCCUGCCAGGACCACCAAGGAACAACAGCUCUCCCAAUAAUAAAUACAUAAACAUCACUUAAAAUGUGCUCAUUGAUGUCUCUUCUUUCCUUCCAAGGACCACAAUUGCCUGCUCACACCUCCUAGCCAGGGCAAGGUGGGCAGCUCUGCUGGUGCCUUUUGGAGGAGAGAAAAAAGAGGACUAGGUUGGCCCUCCAGGUGCUUGAGAGCAGGGAUGUGGGGCCUGCCUUCCACAUGAGGCUUUUAGAGGCAGCCAGAACUGCCCAGCUUGCUGGGAGUAUGUUCUCCAGAACCCCUGCCUCUCCCUGUCAAGGGCGGUAAGGGUUGUGUCAAAGUGGUAACCUGAGGGCCCUGGGACUGUGGCAGGAUCCCAGUCCUGAGCCCUGGGGCUCCUGAGGAGCUCUACCUGCCAAAUUACAUCCUAGGAUGAGAAGAAGGGGUCAAGGAGGUGGAGAUGAACAGAAUCCCUAAGUAGGCAAGGCAGCGAUGGCCCUUGCAGUUCUUACUCUUUUUCAGUACUCACAGAAUGGCCUGGGUUGAAAAGGACCACAGUGAUUAUCCAGUUUC